CUGAUUCUCCGAUCCCUUUUCAUUCCGGCUGCCGACUUUCAAUCCCAUCUCUCUCUCUCUCAAAAUCUUCAAGAACUCUGCUACAAUUUGUCAAUUCCUACUGUUCUUGGAUCAUCGAGAGAAAAUGGGUUCUUUCAUAGGUCAUGUUCUUCCAGGAACAUUGUUCUUUCUGGUUGGUAUAUGGCACAUAUGGUGCUCUGUAUUUCGUUAUGUGAAAAACCCAGAUAAAUUUCGAGUCAAGGCAUGGAAUCCUGUUCCAGGAUUUUCAGAUAAGCUAAAAUAUCUAGAACUUUACCUAAUUGUAAUAGGUGGUUUCAUUGAUCUAUGCGUAGAGCUUCUAAUCGCAACUCGCCUUAAUUUCUUUGUCAAUGGAGUUCUUAACUCAACUUAUUUAAACAAUUUUGAACACUCUGGAAUGCUUCUCAUGUUCUUCAUCUUUGGUUUCAUCACUUUGCUGUCUCAGAAAUCCAGAUUUCUUCAUCUUCAAGAAGGAGCUUUGUGUUUGAUAGCUGCAACAGCAUUUUGUGCAGAAUAUCUCUUAUUCUAUUUUCAUUCCACAACACAUAAAGGUCUUGAAGGAUAUUACCAUAUUAUCCUUGUUAACCUAAUAGGUUUCUGCAUCUUCACCACUGUUGGUGGAACUCUGUUUCCCAUUAGCUUUCCAAUUGAUCUAUGUUCUGGAAUUGGCAUAACACUUCAAGGUCUUUGGUUCUACAUUACUGGUUUUACCCUUUAUGGUCCUUUUAUGCCAAAUGGAUGUCAUCUCAAGAAUGAUGAGAUUACUUGUCAUUCAGUUAACCAUUUGGUUAGAGGAGAAUUGCUUGCAAAUUUUCAACUUUUCAUUCUUGUGUUUUGUGUCAUUGUUUUUGUUGUUGGAUCUUAUUGUAAAAGUGUUUGUCUUUUGACCAAAAGAUGAUCAUGGAAGUAUUAAGUAAGGAGGAGGAAAUUAUAUGUUUUUUUC